AGAGGCUUCAACGGUUCAAUCCGGCUGUGGUACUAGCGAUUUCUGAUGGAUUUGUCGAAGCUAUCACAUUCAGCCCAACUCAGAAUCAGCCACGUUUGUUCAAUAAGGAUAGCUUGGACAAAAGUCUCACCAAAGCUAUUGGAUUUGGUGAGAAUUGUGGGACACCACUACGAGAUGCUCAUCUUGCACUGGAGAUGGACGAUCUGCGCUUGCAUGCUGCGUUCGAGUUAGGUAUAGCCAUGGGUUGCGACAAUUCCACCGAUCUGGCUAAGAAAGCUGCAACAGUUGGAAGUGUUGUUGAUAUGCUGAAGAAAACUAUGACUUUGGAUACUGUUCAAGAAUUCUCUGUCGUUCCAUCAGCAAAUCCAAGUGACCAUUUCACUCCAGAUCAAGUGAUUAUGGUGACAAGUGCUUCUAUACCAUAUCUUGAGAACAAACAGUGCCUUUACACAAUACCCGCACCAACUCCUCUCCUAAAACUAUACCGCAUGGGUAGCGGUCAGCCACCAUACACGCUAGUAAUGGCACUUGAAAAGAAAACCGAAACUCUCGUUUUCGAAAUGAUGUCAACAUGGUGUAAUUCGCCCAUAGUAGAAGGAGUGGAUAAGAUUUUAAAAGAGUCAACCAUUAUCUUCAUGCCAGAAAUCCCGCAUACUCAGGUAGAGGUUGCAUAUAGU